AUGGCCCAUGAAAACUACACGAGGGUCACCAAGUUCACUUUCAGAGGCUUGAAUUACUACCCCAGAUUACAGGUCUUCCUCUUCCUGCUCUCUCUGAGUUUCUACAUUAUCAAUCUGACUGGAAACGUGGGCAUGAUUAUUCUGAUACGGAUCGAUUCCCACCUUCACACAUCCGUGUACUUUUUCCUCAGCCACUUGUCCUUUGUGGACAUCUGCUUCUCCUCAGUUGUGAGCCCCAAGAUGCUCACUGACUUCUUUGUGAAGAGGAAAGCCAUCUCUUUCUGGGGCUGUGCUUUGCAGCAGCGGUUCUUUGGGUUCUUUGUGGCAGCAGAGUGUUUUCUCUUGGUGUCCAUGGCCUAUGACCACUACAUAGCCAUCUGCAACCCAUUGUUGUAUUCAGUUGCCAUGUCUCACAGACUCUGCAUCCAGCUGGUGGCUGGUCCCUAUGUAAUUGGGUUCAUGAACACCAUGACUCAUACAACAAAUACAUUUCAUCUCCCUUUUUGUGGCCCCAAUGUCAUCAAUCAUUUCUUCUGCGACAUGUCCCCCCUCCUUUCCCUUGUAUGUGCUGACAUCAGUCUCAAUAAGCUGGUAGUUUUCAUCGUGGCUGGAGCUGUGGGAGUCUUCAGUGGUCUUAUCAUCCUGGUCCCCUACAUUUACAUCCUCAUUGCCAUCCUGAAGAUUCACUCUGCAGACGGGAGGCGCAAAACAUUUUCCACCUGCUCUUCUCACCUGACAGCGGUCUCCAUCCUGUAUGGUACUCUAUUCUUUAUUUAUGUACGGCCUAGUGCAAGCUUCUCCCUGGAUCUCAAUAAAGUGGUGUCCGUGUUUUACACAGCAGUGAUCCCCAUGUUGAACCCACUUAUCUACAGCUUGAGGAACAAGGAGAUCAAAGAUGCCGUCUACAGGACUGUUGCUAAGAGGAAGUUUUGCAGGACCUAA